GAGGACUCAACCCUCAGAUUUCAUCACUUCCCCUAGCCGCUUUUCUAGGAGAAUAAAUCAAAGGAAACUCCUCCAAUUGACCCGAUGUGGCUUCCUCAGAGUCAAAACAACCAACAAAACCCCUCCAAGUCAUUCAGAACAAAUCCCCUUGGCCUCAGCAAUAGCUAAGGGGAACUUAUCUCCUUGGACCUCCUCGUUAGGAAGGUCUCCAUUCUUAGGGGAGGUACAAACCUCCCCAUCGUCACUAUCAUCCCUAAGCAUUAAAAAAAUCAAAGAAUGGGUUGUAGAAGAAAAAGAAGUGUUAGACACCACCCUCACCAUGGAGGCACCAUACCUCAACCCACGAUACAAUUAUGGUAGAUGUGAAGAGCAAUCUUCUAUUGCCUUUAUGUCUAGGUUCCAAUCCCUCACAAGAGAGAGUGCAGUCAUCGAAGAACAGUCGACGAAGGAAGGAAUUGAUUCGAGAUAUCCAAAAGAAAUCCUAAGAUAA